AUGGAAAAAGAAAAAGUAUCAACUCGUACGGGUAUGGUGUCCCACUACGUUAGGCUCCAGAUCGUGGUACCAGAAGCCUUCAUCCUCGGCUCUGGCGAACAUCAUGUAGAUCUUGGCAGCGUCAUACAUCUCAUCUGCAUUGUAGAAAAGAGUCCAACUCCGCCUCAGUACGUGUUCUGGUACCACAACGAUCGCAUGAUCAACUACGACGCAACCCGCGGUGGUAUUACGGUGGAGACAGAACCUGGUGCUCGCACGCAGUCCCGGCUCACUGUCCGCGGCGCCACACUCAAAGACUCUGGGAAUUACACUUGCAGUGCCAGUAACACCGAGCCUGCGAGCAUACAUGUUUUUGUUUCUGAAGGCAGCAACAAGAUGGCCGCUAUCCUCCGACGUAAUACGAGCGCUAUUCACGGCAUCACGUCGAGCGUCACAUGCCUGCUGCUGCUUGCCUCAGUUCUGCUCCACUUCGGUCUACGAUGA